CCUCCUGAGGCUUCUUCCCUCCGGUCGGUCUCGGGGGUCCAGGCAGGGGAGAGUGUGGGCCGAGGCGCGGUGGCGGCUGGAGCAGCGCCGUAGGGUCCUUCGCCAGAGCAUCCGGUCCUAGGGCGCACACAGGCAGAAGGCUCGCUGCUCGUCCACUCUCCUCCCUCUCUCCUCCUCUCCCUGGCUUUUGUGUUGGUGCCUCCAAGCUGCAAGGAGGGUGCGCUGGAGGAGGAGGAGGGGGGCCCGGAGUGAGAGGCAUCCUCUUCACGCGCGCGCGCACACGGUGCCGGCGCACGCACACACGGGCGGACACACACACGCGCGCACACACACACGCACAGAGCUCGCUCGCCUCGAGCGCACGAACGUGGACGUUCUCUUUGUGUGGAGCCCUCGAGGGGGGUUGGGGCCCCGGUUCGGUCCGGGGGAGAUGGCGCAGCCCAUCCUGGGCCAUGGGAGCCUGGAGCCCGCCUCGGCCGCUGGCCUGGCGUCCCUGGAGCUUGACUCGUCGCUGGACCAGUACGUGCAGAUUCGCAUCUUCAAAAUCAUCGUGAUUGGGGACUCCAACGUGGGCAAGACCUGCCUGACCUUCCGCUUCUGCGGGGGUACCUUCCCAGACAAGACUGAAGCCACCAUCGGCGUGGACUUCAGGGAGAAGACCGUGGAAAUCGAGGGCGAGAAGAUCAAGGUUCAGGUGUGGGACACAGCAGGUCAGGAACGUUUCCGCAAAAGCAUGGUCGAGCAUUACUACCGCAAUGUACAUGCUGUGGUCUUCGUCUAUGACGUUACCAAGAUGACAUCUUUCACCAACCUCAAAAUGUGGAUCCAAGAAUGCAAUGGGCAUGCUGUGCCCCCACUAGUCCCCAAAGUGCUUGUGGGAAACAAGUGUGACUUGAGGGAACAGAUCCAGGUGCCCUCCAACUUAGCCCUGAAAUUUGCUGAUGCCCACAACAUGCUCUUGUUUGAGACAUCGGCCAAGGACCCCAAAGAGAGCCAGAACGUGGAGUCGAUUUUCAUGUGCCUGGCUUGCCGAUUGAAGGCCCAGAAAUCCCUGCUGUAUCGUGAUGCUGAGAGGCAGCAGGGGAAGGUGCAGAAACUGGAGUUCCCACAGGAAGCUAACAGUAAAGCUUCCUGUCCUUGUUGAAACCAAACGGUGUAAAUACAAGAUAAAUUAUCACUGGAGUUUUUCUUUCCCUUUUUUCUGUGCCUGCAUAAUGCUGACACCUGCUUGUUUCCAUACAAAUUGAUAUCAAAAUAAAAUUUGUAUAGAUUA